AUGCAAGUGAAGCGCAAUAAUUCCACACAAGUCGUGGCAACAGCGGAUCUCGUCGAUGGACUUUACUGGCUGCGGACUCCUCAACGAUCAGCAAAUGCAGCAACACGCAAUGGGACCAUCGACUUGCAUGCGCGCAUGGGUCAUGCACCCCUCGAAGUUCUGCGCAAGAUGGUGGCCACUGGCAUGAUCAAGGACGCCAAGGCACCUCUCAAGUCGACUGGUCCAAGUGUGUGUCGCGGUUGCCAGCAAGAAAAGAUGUUGCUGCACUUCGACAUCUGCGGGCCAAUGGAACAAGUCUCGAUCGGCGGCAGCAGAUACUUACUGCUUGUGGUUGACGAAGCUAGCGGUUGCAUGAAGGGCUUCUGUCUGCGGUCCAAGUCUGAGAGUGAAGACUGUAUCAAGAACCACAUCAUCAAGAUUCAAACUCAGUUCGGCACGAAGAUCAAGUUUGUUCGGCACGAUGGAGCGCAUGAGUUUGCGACCAACUCCAUCAAGACCUUCUACGAAGAUCAUGGUAUCGAACAACAGAUCACGGUGCCGUAUGCACACCAGACCAACGGCACCGCAGAACGCGCGAUAAGGACCAUCGUCACGAUCGGACGCAGCUUGUUGCAUCAUGCAAAGCUGGAGAAGUGUUUCUGGGCUGAAGCGGCAAUGACGGCGAUCUACAUCAAGAACCGCCUGCCUUCACCCAAGAUCGACCACAAGACUCCGUUCGAGAUCGUGUACAAGUCGAAACCAAGUGUCAAGCACAUGCGCGUGUUUUGA